AGCCGUUUUGGCUUGGUCUUAUGGCCCGAAUGUGUUUUCCAGCGGGCCCUGCGUGAUGGCUCCGAUUCUUCUGUCGGAAGCGGCCAACAUGGACAGCAGGGACAUCAAACAAGAAUUCGGUCUGCCAGGGGGUGCCCCACGGAAGUCUCUUAUCCCCCGAUGGCACCAGGGAGCCACAGAAGCUUUGGGGCACUCAGGGCCCUCAAAGAUCGACGCAGAGAGUGCCCCACGAUUUCUUAGUGCGGUUGUUUUCUGAUAACAUGUGCCUGCUGAAGUCUCUUAACCGUUCAAGAGGAUAAACUACCACCGCGCGCAAGCAGCAGUUUUCCGCCUUCGGGGGGCAGAGGACUUCAGAUGCAGUCCGGUGAUGACGCUCCAGUCCUUACAGACGAUAUCAUUGAUCGCAUCGCCCGGCUAACGGGAUGGCGUGGCUGGCUGAUCAGCUGGAGCAAGGUCGCGUCACGCUAUAGGCCUCUUGAUUGGCUUCGAGCCGCUGGAUCCGAGCUUGACGCGAAGAUUGUAGUGGUUCCUGACGAUGCUCCGAGGAUCAAUGCGGGAAUCUCGGCCGCGCAAUCGAUCGUGGAUAACACGGACGCUGCUAGCGACCUGCCCCGUGUGGUUUUUGUCCGGCCAGGCAUCUACAACGAGUCGGUCCGCGUCUUUGCGGACAUCGUGCUGUGUGGCCUCGGCGAGCGUGGCGAUGUGACUGUCCGCUCUCAGGGCUGGGAGCCAGCUCUGGUACUUGGUGGAUUCACCGUCAGGAGUAAUGGAAACAUGGCCGCAGCCUCUGCCGGCGCACGUGCCUCAGUCCAUGGGCUCACGCUGUCGAACUCGAAUCAGCUACAGUCCGUCUCGGUGUACUGCACGAGCGGGCAGCCUCGCGUCAGCCACUGCGACAUCCACGGCACGGUCCGCGUGUCUGGCUCCAAUGCGAAGCCCGUGAUCACGCGUUGCCGUGUGAUUGGCUCAAGGUCUUGUGGCAUAAGAGUCUGCGAUCACGCGAGCGGCAAGGUCUCCAAUUGCGGCCUGAUCCGAAACCGGCUCGCGGCAAUCCGUGUCUCCUUCUGCGCGUCGCCGGUCUUUGAGAGCAAUUGGUUCGACGGCAACGGGCAGGAAGGCGUUCUGGUAGACGACAAAGGUGGCUUUGACAGCGACGACGAUAUUUGUUUCGAGGAGCAGGAAGAGUUGACCAUGUGAGCUCCAGAAGUUAGCCGUCUGCACGAAGGGUGUAGCCAUUGCGCCGCCAAUUUUCCUUUCCCCCCCAGAGGAUUGAUGCUGUCUGUUCGCGGCGAACAGCGACUCAUAUCUCUGCAGCUUCGAGGCGACUCGUGUUGAGCUCGUCAUGUGGUAAACCGACUGCCUGCGUGCUUGCAAGGCCGAGCAUGGCGACGCCUCCCGUCGUGAUGUUUUCGCAGCGCGAGGGGGUCGACCCGCACCUGUCGGCUUCCAGCCUCAAGGGCAGGAUCUUCAGCUUCAAGGGCAAGAUAUAUGGGAAGUUGCCACAUCGGAGCUGAGAGUCAAUGUCGAACAAGACUUCUGAUCGGGCCUCAUUUUCUUCCGUCACUCCGGCGCCCCGGCGCCGCACCCGC